ACUUUGUGAAAAUAAACCUAGGCUGACAAACAUCACCAGGGUGAAGAGUGUGACAACUUGCCCCGGUGUUAAUAGAUACAACCUACUUCCAAGACCGGAGUAAUCAUCCAUAGAGCCUACACUCGUUACCUUGCGCCCAUUUCCCGUUCACUACACUGGCGCUCGGCACAGAGGCGUUCUCUCCUUGUGGCCAAUCCCAGCAUCAGCUGUCAGGCGGAUUACCUCGAGCCUGGAGUCGCCUAAAACCCGUUUCGUUGGUGAGAUGGGAACAAUUUAACGUGAGCGACGUUUUAUAUAGUAACCGACAGCACCAGCAUCAUCAUCGUCUUGGGCUGUCGGGAGGCAAACGCACAAAACGCUGAAGUAGACAGCAGCAGCAGCAGCAGCAGUAGCACCACACCUUCCGUCCGCGAUAUUCCGAGCUCGCCUGGUGCACCGGAUUAGACGCCGCGGACCCGACCUCCAGGAUCCAUAAUGCCCGUUAAUCGAGCCUGACAACACCGAAAUGCUGCCGGGCUCUAUUCAGAUCACGGGAGAGGCGCUGUCCGGCGCGGAGAUCAAAGACAUCUGCGACAGUCUGAAGGAGAACAGCGUGCGGCUGCUGUCGGUGCGCGGCUGCCAGCUGUCUGACCGGGACUUCGGCCGCGUGUGUCGCGGCGUGGCGGAGUCGCACUCUCUCGCGCAGCUCAACCUCAACCUCGGCGUGGUGUCCACCAUCGGCCGGACCAAGCAGCUGGCAGAUGCUCUGAAGGCCAACAGAUCCCUCCAGACCCUCUUUCUCCACGGAAGUCCACUUUUAGAUGCAGGACUGGUCACCCUGAAUGGAGCCCUCUCCACGCACCCCUCACUGGUGUCCUUGGAUUUGGGGGACUGCAUGCUGGGAGAUGAGGCAGUUCGUCUCAUUUGUGGCAUGCUUCCUCCAGAUGGAGCCAAAUCGGGGCUUAAAGAGCUUACGCUGAGUGCCAACCCAGCCGUCAGCACGCAGGGUUGGGCUCGACUGGCCAUCGCCGUGGCUCAUAGCUCACAGUUACGGGUCCUCAACCUCGACUACAAUCCCUUAGGGGAUCACAUUGCUGGGAUGCUGGCUGUCGCUGUUGCAUCCAGUCGAACUCUUGAAGUUCUGGACUUGGAGGGAACCGGCCUCACCAAUCAGUCAGCACAGGUCUUCCUAGACAUGGUGGAGAACUACCCCACCAGCCUGCGUGUGCUGGUUCUAGCCGAGAACGACAUCAGCCCUGAGCUGCAGCAGCAGAUCUCUGAUCUCCUCUCUGAAGGCGAGGAGGAGGAGGAUAAGGACGGAGAGGCGCGCGGACGCUCGGUGCCCCCCAGGGAGAAACCCGCCUGGGUUCCCCACAGCAUAACUGCUUCUAAGAGGCUGGGGCAAAAGGGAAGUACAGAAAUUGACAUCACUCAUGCAUUGUUUAGGAGAGAUCAUUUCUACUUACGAAAUAGAAAUAUGGAUUUCUUAUAAGGGCCAAGUUGUGAGUUCUCUGUCCUGUAUAUCCUGAAGUCAUUAGACUUAGAGGUUAUUAUUAGCAAGGUUCAAUUUGAAAAGAAUAGUUCGGCUGGAAAUGAUCAUUCUCACAUCACUCCAAACCUAUUUGACUUUCUUUUUACGCAAAAGAUGAGAAUCCUGGCCAUUCCUUUCCAUAUAAUGAAAGUGAAUGGGGACUUGUUGGAGGUAAAAAAAAAAAAAAAAAAAAAAAACUUAAAAGUAUCAAAGAAGUACUCCAUUUCACUAAAACCAAUGACGUCAAUAGUGUUGAUGCUCCAUUUUCACAGAAAGACUGUUAUACUCAUUGAUUUUCAGAAAAAUAGCCUACAUUUUUUAAUACAUUAAUGAUUUUUGGUACAUUCUACAGAAGUGGAAUGGAUUACUUUUUUUGGUACUUUAAUGUUUAUUACAGUACCAUUACUGUACUUGCCUGUUCAAAAGUUUGUUUGUUUUUUUAAAGAUAUUUAUUCAGAAAGAACACAAACUGUAGACUUUUAGAUCAUCAAAUACACUCUGUUCUAACUGAACAUGUAUUUAUCAAGGAAUCAUGAAAAAGCCUUGCACAAAAACUAUUAAGCAGCACAACUGUUCUUAACAUUGAAAAUAAUGAGCAGCAAAUCAGCAUAUUAAAAUGAUUUCUCAUGUGUCUCAUGAUGCUGACGAUCACAGGAAUUAAUUAUAUUGUAAAAUAUAUUAAAAUAGCAAACUGUUAUUUUAAAUUAUAAUAGUAUUUCACAAUAUUUUUUUGUGAUCAAGUAAAUGCAGCCUUGGUGAGCAGUAUAGUGUAGGCCAGGAUGUUUUUCAAAAAUACAGCGGGUAAAAGAAAGUCAAUGCAGGUUUGAGGGUGAAUAAAAGAUGAGAGAAUGUGAACUAUCCCUAGAAAGAAGAAUCUUUAGUCGUUCAGAACUGGAAAAGCCAAAUUCCUGUCCUCUUCACACAUUGUCUCUGACCCUUCCAGACUCCUCCAGCUCCCAGAUGGUCCUGAUGACAUCAGGACUGGGUGAGAGCUUUUUGGCAGAGACAGAGAUGUGAUUCUGGAGCUGCCCAUGUUUUGCGAGACCACCAGCUAGUGCGCAGCCUCUCACGCCGCAUGACCUGUAGCACUUAGCGCAAGACAGUUCAAAGCUGGAACAGAAACCUUAAACACCAAGUGACUUAUAAUACGCAAUAGUGAAUUAUUUAUUUUACAGAUGUACAGUCUAUUUAUAAAUCUACUGUAUUUAACCAAUAACAGUAUACUCUGUUAGAUGAGCUGUAUAGGGUUAAUGUUAUGGCCUGAUGCCUGAAUAAAUCAGUUUACAACUUUU